AUGCAGAAUAACAUCGGCCAAACUGACGAUUCUGAAUUGCGCGCAAAGCUCGAUCAGGACGCAAAUUAUUCAGCUAGCUCACCAUCCGCGUCGGCGCCACCUUCAUUAUCCACUGUCGCUACUGCUUGUUCCGCCCUGAAAUCCAUACAACAACCAUUAACAAAAGCGCAUGGUCACGGCGGUUCUGGUGUAGAGGUACAGUCGCAUAUUCACCCUCGAUUUAGAACGUCUUCUGUGGACGUGUCGGCAUCUGAUAUGAUGCAAAGAGGAGUAUCACCUCCGUCCGACGACGGCGGUCCAGUCUCUGGAUCUCCCGUGUCCGGUAUGACUGCCCAAGGCCUCCUAGGGCACGACCCUGAUGAUUCUGUGACCGACGGGCGAAAGGCCAAGCGCGAAUUAUCUCAGUCGAAGAGAGCCGCCCAAAACAGAGCAGCUCAGCGUGCCUUUCGACAAAGAAAGGAGCAUUACAUUAAGAAGUUGGAACAGCAAGUCCGUGAUUUCUCAGAGAUGGAGCAAAGCUUCAAGGCGAUCCAGAACGACAACUAUGCGCUACGCGAGUAUGUAAUACAAUUACAGUCUCGCCUCUUGGAAUUGCAGGUCGAAUUACCUCAGCCGCCGCCUAAUAUGAACAUUACGCCUCCUACCGCGGCAUCUACUAGCACUCGCGGCGCACACGCAAGCACCGCCCCUGAACCGAGCUCCAGCAAUAGUAAUGCCGGAACUCUAGCGGAUGUCGCCGCAGCCGUGACGGGGCUAAGAGCUCGAGAACCUUCAGCGGAUGGGUUGUACUCGAAACCGGCCUAUAAGGCAGAGGCUAACGAAGACACGCAAACUGCUGAAGAAAUCCGCAGACAGCUAUCGCAAGACGGGUUACCGGCUCCCUCGUCACUGCGAGCCUAG